AGCCAAAUCAUUUCACAGUAAUGAUUUCAAAUACAAUCACGGGAAAACACUAAACACAGGUUGGAAAGCAAAUGGCUGCUGCUGAAAAGAGAAGACUCUAAUCUGUCUGUCGGUCAAAAUAUUUGAUCAACUUCCAAAUGGGUCUAUGGAGCGAAAAGCACUGUGUUACAAAGUACUCAUCAUUGGUUCUUCUGACUCUACCCAGCUACAGCGCACAUGGGCAGGUCAAUCCUUUUGGAAUUCCAGUCUCCGUCCAUGCUGGGAAGUUCUACGGCACGUCUCCCAGAGAUCACGUCUGCGGCGGGCUGAAUUAUGACGUUCUAGAAUACACCUGCUGUGAAGGAGUACCUCAUAACGGGGCGGGGCUGUCCUGCUGUGGAAACAGGGCCUUUAACCUCACCCAGGCUUCCUGUUGUGAAGGUCAACUGACUCUGAAUGUGAGCCAGCUGGUGUCAGAUUGCUGUGGGUUUAGGGCCUACGACCCACUCAACCAACUGUGUUGUAACUCACGGAUCCUAAACAGGACCCAUCCCCAUGCCAAGUGUUGUGGAAAAGAGUGUUACAAUGAAGACCACCAACUUUGCUGUGGAAAUAUUGUCAAAGGAAGGAAGGUCCUGACCAAAAUGUCCAGUCACCACCGAUGCUGUGGAGACCACCAGUUUGACCAGCAAAGCCACUGCUGCUGCUCUGAACCACUGUCCCCAGAGCCUCUCAAUGCAAGCUGCUGUGAAUCAUCAAGUUCUAAUCUGACGGAAAUUGAUGCGAGUUCUCCAAACUGUAUGCCAGGGGAGAGGCCCUGUGGUCGAGGUGUUAACCCAAAAACAGAGGGUUGCUGUGUGAACCCUCCAUCUUUCCUGGUGCAGCCUUACUCCCACCACCCGAACUCUGCGGGAACACGCCGCCACAACCCAGGUGUCUACAAUGGUGCAAGCUGUGGCUCUCAGGUUUACAAUCCAGACAUCAAGAUCUGCUGUGCCGGGAAGCUGUCCAAUAGGGUGCUCGGAAAAAACCUGUGCUGCGGUACAACUCCCUAUGCUGUAGAGGAACGACGGGUGCUGUGCUGUAACCAGACGUUGCACCGUGGGGUGGAGGCUGGGCACCAGUGUUCCCCAGGUGGCCACUUGUAUCUGCCAUCCCGUGAAAUGGUGUGUGAGUCACACGUUCAUCUCAACGAUCCAGGCAAACACUGCUGUGGAGAGGAGACAUACAACCCUAAGGAUGAAAUCUGCUGCAACGGACACAAACACCGCAGGUUGGGGAACAUGUCCUGCUGCGGAGGGAAGGCCUACGACCCCAGCAGUGGCCAGAUGAAGUGCUGUGCAGAGACUCUGUACAACCUGCAGGUUCAGGACAGGCUCUCAGAGGAGGCCCAAUGCUGUGGGAGUGUCCUGAUGGAGGCCGGAUCCACCUGCUGCUCCGCCCCAGGACUAGACCUGCUCUACCCUACCCAGUCAGGGUUCACCUGCUGUGGGCACCGCUACCCCAACUCCUCCCUGUGGUCUUGCUGUGCGGGGGUCCUGCACCCAAGGACUGAACGAAACACCACCAGCAUGAACAUGAUUCCAGGACCCAGGCUUCUACCACUGGGGGAUUUGAAGACUGAAGAUCUGUGUUACACCGAAGUUCUGCUAGGGACAGUGGAGAGUGUGUCUGUGAAUAAGAAUAAGCGAUCCAUCGUGAUGGUGAACGUCAUGUCCAUGCAGGCCACGUGUGGCCCUGUCAACGCCCUGCCUGCCCCUCAAUAUCUCACAUUACCCGACCACUGCAGCUCUCCUGAAUUGGUGCCGGGCAACACUUACCUCUGGGUGAAAACAAGACAUUUCUCAGACACCAUAAACGUAAUCUCUGAUCUCAGCGACCAUUCCUCCCCUCUCCAUUCCAUCCUCUUCAGGUGCUCAAAAUUAUACAUUGAACCAUGUUGAGGGUAUACAGUGUUUCUUUAUAAAUAAUGGCACAAAAAAAGCAGUAACAUUUUACUUGACACCCAGUGACACAGUCAUAACCAUUUCAUAAUAUGUCAUAACAGCUGACAACCUGUCAUAACGUUUAUGAUAUGGUCAUAACACUGUCAUGACAUAUAUUUAAACUUGUUGUGACAUAUAUUGAGUUAUUUUAUAGCUGGUUAUGACACCUACAUAAGAGUGUAAAAACACACAAAACCUACUACGGUAGUUAUUUUAUGGCUUACGACACCUACAUAAGAGUGUAAUAACACACAAAACCUACUACGGUAGUUAUUUUAUGGCUGGUUAUGACACCUACAUAAGAGUGUAAUAACACACAAAACCUACUACAGUAGUUAUUUUAUGGCUUAUGACACCUACAUAAGAGUGUAAUAACACACAAAACCUACUACAGUAGUUAUUUUAUGGCUUACGACACCUACAUAAGAGUGUAAUAACACACAAAACCUACUACGGUAGUUAUUUUAUGGCUUAUGACACCUACAUAAGAGAGUAAAAACACACAAAACCUACUACAGUAGUUAUUUUAUAGCUGGUUACGACACCUACAUAAGAGAGUAAAAACACACAAAACCUACCACACAGGGCAGAACAUUCCAUUACACCAUAGCCUACAUGUCAACAGUAUGUUUAUGCUAAUAUAUAUAUAUAUAUAUAUAUAUAUAUAUAUAUAUAUAUAUAUAUAUAUAUAUACGUGUAUAUAUAUAUAUAUAUAUGCACACACUGUAUAUCUUUUUUUAAUUGACCAUAUUAAAUUAUCAUUGUGGUUACGCACACUUUGAUGACACACCUGCCCAUACCCCAAUGCUCUGUUACUGAUGACUGGGAUGAUUUCAAGAGCAGGACAAGGCACCCUCUUUUUGAAUGAUAUAAGGGCAUGUACGUGAUAAGUGUUUCUGGCUUAUAUAAUUAUGAUGGUCAUAAUGCUUCUUGACAUUGUCAUAAGGUGUAUUUUCUUAGUCCAGCUAAAGUGACAGGAUGGCCAUCAAGCUUCAUGACAGUGUCCUAAAGGGCAUUUUCUUAAAGUUAUUUAAAAUAUGAAAAAAAACGUGACUGUAAAGAAUUCAUAACAACAACGGAUGUAAGAAACAAACUUUCAAACCAAAGGAAAUUACACUCUUAUUUAGGUGUCAUUAUCAGCCAUAUAAUAACGCAAUCUACUGUAUGCCACAACAGGUAUAAAUGUAUUGGUCAUGACAGUGUUAUUACCAUAUGACACUGGGUGUCAAGUAAAAUGUUAGCAAAAAGCUUAUAUUUUUGGUUCUGAUGGGGUAGGACAAUUGAACUAAGCAAAUGAGGCAGACGUUAUAUUCUUCAAGAAACAAUUUGUAUGUCAUUCAUUUAAAAGUCCAAAAAUGUAUGUAUAGUAGCUAUCACAGAUUGCCCCUUUAAGCUAUCAAUAGAUGUUUAAGUUAUUUUUAUUUGCUUACAAAAAUCGACCACAGUUUAUGGUCUCUCAGGAGUCAUAUCUCAGGAUAAGCCAUAUUUUAUGUUUGUCUGGGUGGUGUUUUCUGUUAUGACAAAAGUUCCUUUAAUGUUAGUGGAAUUGUAUUGUCUUCGAUUCCCUCCUUCAAUUCCAUUCUGAAGCUAUUUCUUAAUUGAAAGUUAACUUGUUCUACGUAACACUAACAUCGUAGGAGUAAACCUGUCUGUGAAGUGAUUUGUUGUGGUGGUGGUGGGGGUGGGGGGCCGCAGGUUGUUACAUGCUCGCCCACUCCUACAAGUUGCCUCUGAGACUCGUUCCACCAAUGCAAUAACAUCCCAGGGCACUGUGCCAAUGAGCAGAGUAUGUUAAUGAAUAAAGUAUUGUGAAACUCUA